AUGCAAAUAUUAUCCAAUCUUCUCAUAUUAGGUUCCAUAAUUGCUGGUGUCUUUGCUGCUGAUGAUGAUGCUUCAAUCGUUGGUACUUGGGCUUCCAAAUCAAAUACUGUAUUUACAGGUCCAGGUUUUUAUGAUCCUGUUGAUGAAUUAUUAAUAGAACCUGCCUUACCAGGUAUUUCAUAUUCUUUCACUGAAGAUGGUCAUUUUGAACAAGCUUUAUAUCGUGUUACUUCAAAUGCUAAAAAUCAUUCAUGUCCUGCUGCUGUUAUAAUUUAUCAACAUGGUACUUAUGAAAAAUUAGAUAAUGGUACUUUAGUCUUGACUCCAAUUGAGGUUGAUGGUCGUCAAUUAUUAUCUGAACCUUGUAAAGAUGGUGGUGUUUCAACUUAUUCACGUUAUGAUCAAGUUGAAACUUUUGAAAAAUUUCAAGUUAUGAUUGAUAAUUAUCAUGGACGUUGGAAAUUACAAUUAUAUGAAUGGGAUGGUAAUCCAGUUCAACCAUUAUAUUUAGCUUAUAGACCUGCUUUAAUGUUACCAACUGAAACUUUAAAUCCAACUGAUGGUGAUCAUGCAACUGGUACUUCAACCCCAUCAGGUCAAAGUUUAAGAAAAAGAGUUAGAAGAUCUUUAGAAAAUAGAGGUAGAACUAAUGCUGUUCGUCAAUCUUCAUUUGAUAAUGAUUUCUGGUGGUGGACUUCUGUUGGUUUAGUUUCUGUUGGUUCAUUAAGUUAUUUCUUUCUAUGA